AUGAAGUCAACAUUCAUCCAGAUAGCUGCUGCGUUGCUCGCCACCACGUCCAAUGUGCUGGCACAUGGAGAGCCGGACUUGCGUCAUGAGCAUGCUGGAGAUGUGUUCAGCAAGACACAUGGUGGAUCCUGGCACUUGAAUGGUGUGCUUCAUAACGGGAAUUCUACCGGGCAGACCAAGUCUAUUGGUGGAGAAACUCUGUACCUCGCAUAUCCACGAGGAUAUGGCCGGAAAACAAAGACCGACACAGCGAUCUUGUACCUGACCGACAUCUUCGGCAAUGCGCUGGUGAACAAUCGCCUUCUUGCGGACAGUCUUGCGAAGGCUGGCUAUCUAGUGGUAAUGCCAGAUCUAUUCCGUGGCGAUCCAGUCCCGGCCGAUGCUCUGAGUGAUCCCAACUCGACCUUCAACAUGACUGCAUGGCGAGCGCAUCAUCCACAAAGUCAGGUCGAGACCAUCAUCGAGUCUGCGAUCAACUCCACGCGCGGCGAGCUGGAGGCCGAAAAAGUUGCUGCAGUUGGGUAUUGUUUUGGUGGCAAAUAUGUCGCUCGUUUCCUGGCUGAAGGACGUGGUGUCGAUGCUGGCUUUACAGCACACCCAUCUGCCGUUCUUGCCGAAGAAUGGGAAGCUAUCGCAGGGCCCAUCAGUAUUGUCUUCGGUGAUCUCGACGCUUCAAACACGCCAGAGAACCGGACCAAUAUCGAAUCGAUCUUCUUUGAAGGCAACAAGACAUAUCAGACCUCGCUUUAUGCCAAUGCUGAGCACGGCUUUGCUGUGCGGACGAACUUGACAGAUAAGAAGAAGGCGUUCGCUCAAGAGAGUGCCUACUUCCAGGCUGUAAGAUGGUUUGAUGCGUGGGUCAAGGAUGAUGAGUAG